AUGCAUUUCCUGUUCAGGCGAGAACGAAGGAACCCAAUGGCGAGGCGGAACGCGAUACGUCAGAAACGAUCGCUUCUUGAUGAGGAUCAGAAGAUUGAUGGGUUGAAGAUUCUUGAAAAAUACGUCAGAGAAAAAUAUUCCAAAGCCUAUUCAAACGCCAAUCUAAACACGGAUUUUGAAUGGCCACGCUCUGACCGUAACUCUACAGCAGCUUCAUGGGCUGCUGCUGGUGAAACCACGCUUUUAAGCCCUACCUACAGUGCCGACCUUGAAAAUGAGAGCGGUAAAGAAGAACCAACAAAAUUUGAUCGCUCAAAAGAGACAUGGCCAGGAUAUAUCAGAAGGAUACUUAUAUAUUGGUGGAAGUUGUUAGGGCUGCAGCAUGCGUUGCUGAUAUUUACUUUGAUUAUUUAUGCCUUAUUGGGCGGGUAUAUGUUUUAUCUUUUGGAAGCGACACCGGAAGAAGAACAGGAUGACAAGCUGGAGAUGCUGAUGGAGCAGAAACGGCUAUUAAUGGGUAAACAAGUGUUGGAAACAGUUGGAAAAUGCCUAAAUAAGAAAUCUAAUGCAUCAGCCUUAUGUGAAGCCGGUGUCCAAAAACUCCUCCAAAGUUACGAAGUACAAAUGAGAACUGCUUGGGGUGUAUCUACACCUUGGAAAUGGGAUUUCUGGAAUGCUGUCUUUUUUGCUGGCACACUUUUCACGACUAUUGGCUACGGCAACAUGGCCUGCCAAACAUUCCUCGGAAGACUGGCCACAAUCAUUUACAUAAUGUUUGGGAUUCCCCUGACGCUAUCCGUCAUUAAUACGAUCGGAACUGCAAUAUUCAAAUGGGUACAAUGGUGCUUCUUUGCCGGGAGGAGAAAGAUACGCUCUCGGUUCCGGCGCGUCAGAAAGAGCUAUUGGAGGCGUUCAUCAACCGUUGAAUCUGUGUGCUCAGAAGAUAUUAAUGAGAAAACCAGUGAGGAGGAGCCUGAAUGUGAAGAAUUGUUCAUGACAUUUCCUUUACUGCUCGCCGUGCCGAUUGUUGGGAUCUAUUGCUUUGUUUGUUCGCUGUUGUUUUGUAAAUGGGAGCAUGAUUGGGACUAUUUUACCUCAUUCUACUUCUUCAUCGUUUCGCUGAGUACUGUAGGUUUGGGUGAUGUAUUGCCACACCAUCCGAAAUAUGCUUGCGCAUUAUUUGUUGCGUUUAUUAUUGGACUCUCACUGGUUUCCAUGUUCUUUACAAUUCUACAACAAAAAGCAGAAAAAAGCGUGAUGGCUGCUUUUCAGUUGAUAGAGGAGCACCAGGAAGCCCUUCAACUCGAAGCUUGUGCGGAAAAGGACGGAACGGAUCGUCCAAUGCCUGAAACCAUCCAUUCCCCGUUGAGCAACAAAAAAUCCGGGUCAACGAGGCGGCGACUUGGCGAGGGGCCAGAAGAGGGGUUCCCCAGCGAAGAAUUGCUGUGGCGUGUCUACCAUCGGAACUCGGUCCAUCUUUCCCGGCUUUCGUUACGGCGUGAAAGCGUUUUGGGACAUAUUAUAGCCUGGCUCGCCUCAACACCCACUUCGAUUCGACAUCGGCAGAGCCCGUCUGGAGAAAGUCGCCGGGAGUCAUGCCAUUCUACCAUGGCUCGAACUCCGAGUAUGAUCUGCAGCAUACUCGACAACUUCGCCGAGGAAAAUCAUGAUACUACACCAAGCGUAAUUUCCGGGAUUUUUCAGCAUUUAUCUGAAAGGAAUAAGAGACGUCAUGGGAUGCGGCGUUUUGCCUAUGACUCUGAAGAAGAUCUAGCUUCACCGGAUAUGGCAAAAACACCAUUACCGACACAGGACGUUGACAAUUCGUUCCGGUCGACCUCCUCUGGCUUGAAUUUGGUACCAUCACGGCAGCCGACGCAACCAUUAUCAGUGAUCAAUGAGGGGGACGAAGAAAAUGCGAUUAGUCGCGGCAAUUCGAGCCGACAUUCAAAACUAAAAAGGCAAGAAACAACCGAAGAGGAAGAUACACCAGAUGUGCCGCAACAUCUUUUAGGAUUUGCAGAAACCUCACAGCCCCGACGCCGUUCCAUCGAACCACCAAAAACACUGAGCCUGGCCAUCGAACCCCGGGAAACAGAAACAAACGAUGAUCUCACGAACCAGGAA